AUAAAACAAUGUGAGACUGAUGAGUGAGGAUCAAGCGGCUGCUGGAGUUCGUGAUCCAUGUGGAGGAGCCCAGUGUUGAGCACGUUAACUUUUUGAAAGUCAUAUUUAUUAUUAUAAUACAGAGUAGAGCGUAACUCCACACUUCAGCAUAUUCAUAAGUGAGAAGAAAUCGGGACCGGACGUGCGGCGGCGGCGUGUUUCCAGGACUCUCAAUCCGCUGUGCUGGGACUCGCCCGGGAUCGGGCUCUGGCUCGGGAUCGGGAUCGGGAUCGGACCCUGACUCCGACUGAGGCUCCUCCGCGCCCUCCGACGUGUGACGAGUUCGUUGCGCGCUGGUUCUCACCGUGUUUGAAUGAGAACAGCUGGAUACGCGUUUCUCCUCCGCCGUCUUUAAUGAGACUGAAGCACUUUUUGUUUUUUAAUGAGACAAACGACUCCAUGGAGCUGCACAGACGAGCCGGAGCGACCCCGUAGAACCAGCGAGAACACCGAUCUUCUCCACAUCAUCAAUAACCGAUCGACAAGCAAUCAGCAGUCAAUUAAGUUACAGUGCAGUCGGCAUGUAUUCUCCUAUUUGUCUCACCCAGGAUGAGUUCCACCCGUUCAUCGAGGCACUCCUGCCACACGUGCGCGCCAUCGCCUACACCUGGUUCAACCUACAGGCCCGCAAGCGCAAGUACUUCAAGAAGCACGAGAAGCGCAUGUCCAAGGACGAGGAGCGCGUGGUCAAGGACGAGCUGCUGGGCGAGAAGCCUGAGGUCAAGCAGAAGUGGGCGUCCCGGCUGCUGGCCAAGUUGCGCAAGGACAUCCGCCAGGAGUACCGCGAGGACUUUGUGCUCAGCGUGACGGGGAAGAAGCACCCGUGCUGUGUGCUGUCCAACCCCGACCAGAAGGGCAAGAUCCGGCGCAUUGACUGCCUACGGCAGGCCGACAAGGUUUGGCGUCUGGACCUGGUCAUGGUCAUUCUCUUCAAAGGCAUCCCCCUGGAAAGUACAGACGGCGAGCGUCUGGUCAAGUCCCCGCACUGUACGAACCCAGCACUUUGUGUCCAGCCGCAUCACAUAACCGUGUCGGUCAAAGAGCUGGACCUGUUUCUGGCGUACUAUGUCCAGGACCCAGACUCACAGCAGUCAGGAAGCCCCAGUAACAACGAGCCGGGCAAGAAUCCUCCAGGCUACCUGGAGGACAGCUUCAUCAAGUCAGGGGUCUUCAGCGUUGCUGAGCUGGUGCGGGUCUCCAGAACGCCCAUCACCCAGGGAGCGAGCGUGAACUUCUCUAUCACAGACAUGCCCGGUCAGCCAUACUAUCAUGACUUGAACUCAAGUACGGGGAUCCGGUCGCUGUCAUCGCCCCCCGGCAGCAAACGGCCCAAAACCAUCGCCAUCGAAGACAGCAUGGAAACCAGCCCCUCGGGGGACUUCUACUCAUCCCCCAGCUCCCCAGCCAGCGGCAGCCGGAACUGGCACGAGAGAGACCAAGCAGAUAUGUCCUCUCCCACCAUGAAGAAGCCAGAGAAGCCAUUGUUCAGCCCAACCUCUCCACAGGAAUCUUCUCCAAGAUUGAGCACUUUCUCCCAACACCACCACCCAGGGCUCACAGGGGUGGGACAUAGUGUGAUUUCAACCAGGAGCCCUCCUCCCCACUCACCACUGCAGUUCUCCGCAUCAGCGAUCCUCCCUCCAGCCCCAUCAACGUACUUCUCCCACUCUGCCAUCCGCUACCCUCCACAUCUCAACCCUCCGGAUUCCCUGAAGAAUUACCCCCCAUAUGACCCGUCCAGUCCACAGAGCAGUCAGCCCAACAGCAGCAGCCAGGUGGUGGGGAAGGUUCCUGGCCACUUCACCCCGGUGCUGGCCCCCUCCCCGCAUCACGGCGCCGUGCGACCCGUCUCCCUCUCCAUGCCUGACACGAAGCCCAUCACCAGCUCCACGGAAGCCUACUCGGCUCCGGGAACUCCCACCGCCAACCGCUUUGUGGGACUGACCUCCAGGGAUCCAGCGUUCCUCCACCAGCAGCAGCUGAGGAUUUGUGACUGGACCUCGAAUCAAAACGGCAGGCAUUAUUACCCCAGUGCCACUGAGGAUACUUUGGGCAUUACUUGGCAAAGUCCUGGUACCUGGGCGAGCUUAGUUCCAUUCCAAGUGUCGAACGGGACUCCGAUUCUGCCAACAAAUGUCCAGAACUACAGCAUAAACAUCAUUGGUGAACCCUUCCUUCAAGCAGAAACGAGCAACUAAGGCCAGGCCCGGGAGGAUGCCAGCGACCCGCUGGCGACCGAACUGAGGACAAACCAGCAAAUAGCACUUAUACAAUCUCCACUGUCCUCUGUAAGGGACAUUGGCCAAGCACGUCGGAGAGCUGGGCGGAGCGCUCGGAUCACGUAACAUUGCUCACGCCAGGCAGUCUUUGUGUGAAGAACCCCCUCCCUCCCCAGUUCGAUACUGUGACACACGCGACACUACGUUAGAUGCCUUAAUGUUUGCAUUACACCCUAGUUUAUAUCAAUUCUUCUGCUGUUCUUUGGAACGCUCUGGUCCUGCUUUACGACGCGGAUCGAACGAUCUCAACACACAGAGACUGGCUGGCAGAUUGCAGAAUGCAAGUUUCUCCUCAAGGGAUAUCUGCCUUCUCUAGCAUAAGCUGAACCAAUCACUGCAUCUCCAUAGGAACAAAUCACAGAGGCAAAUAGAUUUAUUUGAAUUAAUGCAGUUCAGUUCUUUGUUUGUUUGUUUGUUUGUUUGUUUGUUCGUUUGUUUGCUUGUUUGUUUUUUGAACAAUCUCAUUUCUGUAAUCCUGUUGAUCCCGUGCGGAUGUUAAGUUUAUGGUAAAAUUUAGCUUGCUCCUUAGAGUUACAAACUCUGAAAAAAGAUAACAUUAUUAGGUUAGGACAAUUACCCCUUUUGAAAAAAAAUCUUGAUUUUUUUU